AGACUGGUCGGAGAGCCGAACAAGGCAGAGAGCAGAGAGCCUCCGAAACCCACAGGAAAAGACUAAUACAAAGGCUAUCUCUUCAAAAUCCAUCUUCAUCCUUGGACGUUUUACAUUUUCGGAUAUUACAACCUCUCAGAGCAUAAAGUACACAUUUCAGGCUUUCCGACAAACCUCGUAUUGUAGCGAUAUGACGUUAUUAUUAUUUUAAAACAAGUGGUGAAAGAUUGUAGGAGCUGAUUCCUGGGGAGACGUCGUAAAGAAGACUCUAUAUGUCGUUUUAACGUAUUUUCUGAGUCCAGAUUUUUGCCUUGUCGGAUUCUACACAGGCUUCGCUUUCUAAAGAGACAUUAUUUUUUUAUUCCGAAGCUAGCGAGCGCGCUUGCUAGCCGUCCACAGAUCGCAGACCAUGGAGUUGAGGGUAGGAAACCGAUACAGAUUGGGCAGAAAAAUUGGCAGCGGAUCGUUUGGAGACAUCUAUUUGGGUACGGACAUCUCAGUAGGAGAGGAGGUGGCCAUCAAGUUAGAAUGUGUGAAGACAAAGCACCCCCAGCUCCACAUAGAGAGCAAGAUCUACAAGAUGAUGCAGGGCGGAGUGGGCAUCCCAACGAUAAAGUGGUGUGGAGCAGAGGGAGACUAUAACGUGAUGGUGAUGGAGCUGCUGGGCCCCAGUCUGGAGGACCUGUUCAAUUUCUGCUCCAGGAAGUUCAGCCUGAAGACUGUACUGCUGCUGGCUGAUCAAAUGAUCAGCCGCAUCGAGUACAUCCACUCCAAGAACUUCAUCCACAGGGAUGUCAAGCCUGACAACUUUCUCAUGGGCCUUGGUAAAAAGGGCAACCUGGUCUAUAUCAUUGACUUCGGCCUGGCCAAGAAGUACAGGGAUGCUCGUACGCACCAGCACAUCCCCUACCGUGAGAACAAGAACCUGACCGGCACCGCGCGAUACGCGUCCAUCAACACACAUCUGGGCAUUGAGCAGUCACGGCGAGACGACCUGGAGUCUCUGGGCUAUGUGCUCAUGUACUUCAACCUGGGUUCUCUGCCCUGGCAAGGCCUUAAAGCUGCCACCAAGAGACAGAAGUAUGAACGCAUCAGUGAGAAGAAGAUGUCCACACCCAUUGAGGUCCUGUGUAAAGGAUACCCCUCCGAGUUUGCCACAUACCUGAACUUCUGCCGCUCUCUGCGCUUCGAUGAUAAGCCAGACUACUCUUACCUCCGCCAGCUCUUCAGGAACCUCUUCCACAGACAGGGCUUCUCCUACGACUACGUCUUUGACUGGAACAUGCUCAAAUUUGGUGCUAAUAGAGCAGUGGAGGACGCAGAGCGGGAGCGCAGGGAGCGGGAGGAACGACUCAGGCACAGCAGGAACCCCGGGGCCAGGGGCAUGGCCUCAGCCUCAGGGAGAGCCAGAGGAGGACAGGACGUGGCUGCUCCAUCCCCUCUGAAUCCAGCCUCUCACACAGGGAUGGAGAAGGAGAGGAAAGUCAGCAUGCGCCUGCACAGAGGAGCUCCAGUCAACAUCUCCUCCUCAGACCUGACCGGACGCCAGGACACCUCCCGUAUGUCCACCUCACAGGCUCUGUCGCGGGUCACGCCCAGCGGCCUCCAGUCAGCGGCCCCUCGGUGAAGCCCUGCCCACCCCAGGCUCUACUCGCGCACCAUGAUGGCCUCAACAAGCUCCGCCCACAGCACACCCCCACACACUCCCCCCACUCUCCGGCCGCCUCCCCUCCCCAACCCACGAGUGUGUGCGCGCGUGUGUAUACCAGCCGGGACUGUGGACUCUUCUGUCACUCCCUACCUCCCUGCGCUUGAAGCAAGGGAGCUAUCCUCUUGUCCAUUUUAGUUUUGAUUUUAGUUUUUUUUUCCUCUUUUGGUCCUUUAAUAUUUACACUUGACGCGGUGGAGACGUCUUAGCAAAUUAGUUGCGUGGGGACUUUGUAUAGAAAGACACCGAACCAACAUGGCAGCAUUGAAUAGUGCCUAAAUUGCGUGUCCUCCUCAAGACUCAAUGUUUCUUUUUUUUUUUUUUUUCGUUUUUCCUCUUUAGUUCAUAUACAUUUUUGGGGGGUUUUUGUUGUUUUUAACCGGGACUUGUUCUCUGGAGUUGUUUUAAUGCAGGGCUAUGAUGUUAUGCGGCUGCGAUGUGCCCAUUUUAAACUGGUGCAUCAUAGUGACAUGUCUGUAUAUGUGUGUGUGUAUGUAUGUGUGUGCGCGCGUUUGUCUCGGGGUCAUUCACGCUCCGACCUGCAGGGGGCAAACGUGUUAAUGACUUUUAAAACAUUUUGAUUUAUUCUAUUUCGGAUCUACUGCCUCCCGGGCCACAGUUAGUUUGUCAUUCAGAGUGGAUCAUGAAGGGUUAGUUCAGUAUGGUAUAAUUUAUGAUUGUUAGCCAUUACUUUGGUAGGUACCGGGUGUUCAUUUUGUUGGAGACUUAAGAACCUGUAUUACCACCGAUAAAUAAUAAAUGUCUUUGUCAUUGUUCAGUGAAACAUUAUGGUAGACUUGACAUUUAAAUGGCCCGUAUUGCACUAUUUUCUGAUCUAUAUUAUAAUGAUGUUUCCUCAUCAAAAGCACAUGUUAAACAUACAAAUCCUCUAUAUUUAGGCACCUAAAUGGAAAACUCUGUUCCACCUUGUGAUGUCAUGUGGUAGUACAGGAGGUCCUCUACUGUGUUUUAAACGCUGUACACCUUCACUAGACUCCUUUGUAUAAUUUCAGCCCUGGAAUUGCCACCCUCUACUAAGCAAAAGGGAAAAGGAGCUGUUAACUUGAAAACUACCACUUCAUGACAUCGCAAGGUGGAAUAGAGCAUUUUGAGCUUUAGAGAUGUACACAGACUAAUGGAGAAUUAAAGAAAACACAGCUCCAGGUAUGUUUUUGAUGAGGUGUCACUAUUAUAACAUGGCUUAAAGCUCACAAGAUUCUUGGCCAUACUUUGAAUAACUAUACAGUAUUUUCAGUAGCUUCUUAGUCGUGUACCCCAACAGCCAAUGGGAGUGUGUUUAUGAUUAAUAGAGCUGAAAAUCCACAUUAGAAAAAUACUGAACUAUCCCUGAUGCCCUUUCUACUUGGACCUUGUUGGACCCAAGACCAAAAUCUAACUUUAUUCAACAUUUCAUGCAUUUUUUUUAUUACUUAACUUAUUACCAUGCUAUUAUUAAAACACUAGGAUUAACCAGGUAUUUCAGAUUUCAAAGAAGAAAUUUGUCAACCUGCCUGUUCAUUAUACAAUUUAUUAAAAUGUAUGAAAUUGAUAACAUUUUCAAAAUAAGCUGUGACUGAGCAUACAUUUAGGCUUGAAUUGUAUGCACUCAAAAAGAUGGCCAACGUUUGAAUAGAGCCGAUUGGUAAAGUAUCACUCCACCGUCUUGGAUACCAUUUUGUUUAGUCCACAGGUUGAUGGUAGAAGACGGCCCUGUUUUUAGCUUACAUGUAGCCGAGGAGGUGCGGCGGGUUGGUGCGGACUGGGCAUGGUUUUAAAAGGUUGCGCUAGAUAGUAGGCUCUGGAUGGACAGAAGGGAGGGCGUUGCCACAGUAAUGUGUAAACGAAUAGACCUUAAAGCGUAAUUUUUUGACUCUUAUUUUUUUAUUUUAUGGUAAGGCUGGGUUAGACUCACUUACUAGCAUUAUCUCAACUUAAGGAUGCACUAAGUAACUUUUCUGGAGUAUCUGCUACCUGCUUGUCUCCAUGGAUGUUUUUGCUUAGCUUUCAAUGUUACACAGUAUAGCAUUAACCUUAUGUUAUCUCCACAUUGCCAAGCCGUUGAUUCUACCAGGCCAAGUUAGAGGUUAGAGCAGCAUGUGUAAAUGAAAAAAUGCAAAAUGGAUACGCUUAAUGCCAUGUUGUGGAACAUUCCAGCAAACAAUAUCUCCAUGGAGACAAGCAGGUGCUCUCUCCACCAAAAAUGUUACACGGUGCACCUUUUAAUCAUUUUUAACUGCAAUUUAAACCCUGAUAUACUAAGUACUUUGAAUGACCAAUCAUAGCUGGCCCUCCAAAGCAUACUAUCCAGCACCAACAUUUAAAGGAACCCAACACCAAGUCCAAUAAUGGUACUCAAAACUCAGGACUCCGACCAGUCAACCCCCAAACCAAUGAGUCCAAACACGUUUUUAGUAGAAAAAGUGGUAGACAUUUUGUGUAGUUGAAAGGUAUUUGGGGCUUUAGCGGUAUCUUGUAUUGUCUAAUGUUGUGAAUAGGAUGUACUGCCCUUGUUUUUUUCCAUAGACAAGGAGCAAGGAUCGAACGGGGAAUGCCUCACUUCAGUAGAAUUAACUCCUCUUCGGUAUAACUCACCUUUUUGGGGCUUGAAAAAUACAUCAUGAGUUAUUAACUGUCUCACCAAUUGUAAUUAAUACAAGUAUGUUUUUUGUUGAAUUAAUGGGGGACAUUCUGUCUGUUUUUUGCUUUGACUGUGAAGGCGGUCGAGAUGAUUGUUCAAACGACGCAUCUCUGUGUGAACUCUGACCCCCAAACCUCCCCCUCCCACACCUAAAGACUUUUGCUCCUCAUUUGUAAUGCCACUGUAUUUGUGUAUUUUAAAAUUGUGUAAAUAAAUUAAUAAGUACUUGUA